AUGGAGCUAACUCCCAAGUCCCCUAAAAGACGGAAUGAGCUGAUAGCGCGGUACAUCAAACUCCGCACGGGGAAGACGCGGACGAGGAAGCAGGUUUCUAGCCACAUUCAAGUACUAGCUCGACGAAAGGCCAGGGAGAUCCAGGUCAAGCUGAAGGUACGCUACGAUCAGGCGGCCAAAGACAAGGCCCUCCAGAGCAUGGCCACCAUGUCCUCGGCUCAGAUCAUCUCACCCACGGCCUUCCAGAACAAGAUGGCUCUCCAGGGCCUCUCUAGACCAGCUUACCCCACUGGUGGUGGUUUUUGGCACGGGGCGCUUCCCGGUCAGCCAGGGGGCCAUGAAGACAUUAAGCCUUUCUCCCAGCAGAGUUAUGCCAUGCAAGCGUCCGGCCCGGCCCCCAUAACAGGUUACGAAAGCACAGCAGGGCUGUCCAUGUCUCCUGGUGCCCCCCCUUGGCUGGGCAGAAGUAUUGCCAGCUCAAAGCUCCGAAUGCUGGAGUUCUCCGCCUUCCUGGAGCAACCUCAGGACCCAGAGACCUUCAACAAGCACCUGUUUGUUCACAUCGGCCAGUCCAACCCGAGCUACAGUGACCCCUAUCUGGAGUCGGUGGACAUCAGGCAGAUCUAUGACAAGUUCCCGGAAAAGAAAGGCGGCCUGAAAGAGCUGUUUGACAAAGGGCCGCACAACGCUUUCUUCCUCGUCAAGUUCUGGGCGGACCUCAGUGUGAACCUGCAGGAUGACAGCAGCUUCUUCUAUGGUGUGUCCAGCCAGUAUGAAAGCUCUGAGAGCAUGGUCAUCACCUCAUCCACCAAAGUCUGCUCCUUUGGCAAACAGGUGGUAGAGAAAGUGGAGACGGAGUAUGCACGCUUUGAGAAUGGGCGCUAUGUGUUCCGGAUCCACCGAUCCCCAUUGUGUGAAUACAUGAUCAAUUUCAUCCACAAGCUUAAACACCUGCCUGAGAAAUACAUGAUGAACAGCGUGCUGGAGAACUUCACAAUCCUACAGGUGGUGACAAACAGGGACACUCUGGAGACCCUGCUGUGCAUAGCUUACGUCUUUGAGGUGUCCACCAGCGAGCACGGGGCGCAGCAUCACAUCUACAGGCUCGUCAAAGACUGACCCGGCUGCACAGUUGGAGCUCGCCAGCUCUGGGCACUUUGUAGCACGUCAGUGAGCAACAACACCAAACAUAAGACUACUGCUUCCUUGAGCUUAAGGCUGAAGUGGGUGGGGGUCGGUCGGGAGCCCGGAGAAGCACGGGCGCGCAGGAACACUGCUGCUUGCUGAGGAAUGGGAGGCGGAUUUGGGACUCUGGUGGGCAAAACAGGCUCUGUGUGUGAGAAGUGGCAAGAAGAAGAAACAAAAAAAAAAAAGGAAGGCCAUCAAACACUGUGGUCACUAUACCAAAGGUGCCAAACGUGGCCGGCAAAACCUGCAUGAGAGAGUUGUCAAUGGUGGUGUUCUUCAUCUCAUUUUAAUAGAGUUUGUUUUUAAUUUAGAUUCUUUUACACUCGUGCAUGUGCAGGGGAUGUUUGGGACGGAGGAGUUUGCCAUCUAGUGACUUAACCUGGAUAUCACAGCGGGUGGGGGUGGGGCGGGGGGGGGCAGAUUGUGGAUCCCUCU